AUUAUCGUUGCAGUUCUCGUAAUACUCACUGUUGUUGGAACAUUAUGGGACAGAAAUUGUGAAGACAAUGAAGAUGUGUCUAGAUCAUAUAGAGUGGUGCUGCGCGCCUUCUCGCUGCGCGUAGGCUGGAAGCGGCUGACGAGCCAGCGCAAGGAGGAGCUGGGCUGCAUCGCGGGUAUUCGCGCCCUCGCCUCCAUAUACCUGAUGCUCACUCACGAGCUUAUGUCCUGGCAACAAGAGCCAAGUAUCAAUAAGGUCAUUUCAGCA